AUGAAUAUUAAGGAAAUCAUAAUAGGUGUUUUUAUGAUCGCAAGUGCUUUAAGUGUACAGAAAUGUUUUGCAAAAUCUAAAGAAGAGAUGGAAAUUGUUAUUUCAGGUGGAGGGCUCGCAGGCCUCGCAACAGCAAAGGCCCUUGAAAAUGCCGGUUUUUCCCCUGUCCUUUUAGAAAGAAGAGAAAUGUAUCAACUUGAAGGAUCUGGCAUUGCCAUUCCGGCCAAUGGUUCUUGGGCAUUAAAAAACAUAGGGAUUGAUAUUGAGGAGUCUGCCCUGCCAAUCCGCAAUAUGAUCUUUACGGAUCAAGAGGGCAAUACAUUGGUUGACGAAAAUAUCACAGAAAUCCAUUCUUCAGGCAGCCAAUUUUAUUCCAUUGAUCGUACAAAAUUUAUAAAAGUUCUUAAAAACGCCCUUGAAAAGACAAAAAUUAAAAUAGGGACGUGGAUCACAGAUGCAAACACUCAACCAGGCAAGGUGAUGUUGACCUUAAAUAAUGGUCAAAAGAUCGAUGCAGAUCUUCUGAUUGUUUCUGAAGGGAUUCAUUCAAAAACACGAUCCUUAAUUGAUAACACUUAUAGUGUUGAUUUUAAGAGCCUUCAAUAUGGUGCUGAUUACCUAGGUAUUCAAAUUUGGCGAACCAUUAUUGAGAACAAGCAAGAUAUUAAGACGCCUGUUUAUAUGCUAGGGAAUGACAGGGUUUUUCUUUUGUACCCCAUCAAUGAUAACCAAGUGUAUGUUUAUGGUCAUAUCGUUGCGGACAGACAAUCAAAACACGUAAAAAAGUUUGAUCAUGUUCAAGAUGUUCUCCAUACUUUUGCAGAAUUUGGAGGAUUGGCUCCUCAGGCUCUUUCCAUUAUUGAAGCAACAAAACCUGUUAUUGCCUCACAUUAUCUUGAAACCAGCAAAGAUAUCAUUUGGUCAAAAGGAGAGAGAGUUAUUUUUGUGGGUGAUGCCUUAAGAGGGUUUUCUCCAAUGUUGCAAAAUGGAGCGGCGCAAGCGUUUGAGGAUGCCUAUGUUUUACAAGAAAUUCUUAAAGAGAAUGGUCUGCCAAACAUAAAAAAAGUGAUGGAACAAUACCAAUCCAGAAGGCAUCAAAGAGCCGCCUGGGUUAAAGAAGUUUCUGAUAAAAAGAUUGUGGCGCUUACAAAUACGCGAUCAACAGAUCAAAAACUUCCUUUUAAGGAUUAUUUGAAGAAUACAGAAAAGUCGAAAGUUUCAGGAAAAGUUAUGGAUUUAGGGUAUGGAAAAAUCAUUGCUUUUUCACCAAGUGAUGAAGAAAAAGAAGAAG